UGACGUCACCGCACCUCGUCCUCGGCUCGUCUGUCAAAAUAAAGGUCACGUGAGCGUUGGCUCGGCGCUUCGGAGCGAAGAGCUCGACUCUGUUGCGCAAGCGCGCGUCCUGCGGCAGGUUGAAGAUGCGCCGGAAAACGAGGAGCCUUCAAAAUAAAAGCUCCGUCGCUCAAAUCCGUCACACGGGAAAGCGGAAAGUGCCCGUUGAUUUCACAGCAGGUGUGUUUGCGGUUAGCGUGCACGCACGUCGUUUUCGACACGCGGCGUCCGUCACCUCGAGACGAAAAGGCCCCCCCCCCCUUCGCCAUUGUGAAGGCCGCGGGGUGUGCGUUUCCUCCGUGUGACUUCCACGCUGCGACUUGACACGGCGGUACGGGCGGCGUCUGCUUCGGUUCUGGUGCCGGUGCCGGUCUUACGCGGAUGCCUCUGGGGGGGGGGCGUCGUCGUUCGCGCCCGACACAUUCGCGUCCCCGACCGGUAGAGGAGACGACGGUCCUCGCUCAGCAUCCCGUCGAUCCGAGAAUGCGUUGUGCCUGACAAGAUGAGCGUGACGUCGUGGUUCCUAGUGAGCGGCUCCGGCGCGCGCCACCGCCUUCCCAAGGAGAUGAUCUUUGUGGGGCGGGAGGACUGCGAGCUCAUGCUGCAGUCUCGCAGCGUGGACAAACAGCACGCCGUGAUCAACUACAACGCCGCCGCCGACCAGCACCUGGUCAAGGACCUGGGCAGCUUGAACGGGACGUUUGUCAACGACCUGAGGAUCCCCGACCAGACCUAUGUCACGCUGAAAGUGUCCGACAUCCUCCGCUUCGGAUACGAUUCCCAUGUCUACGUUCUGGAGAAGAGUCAACACCAAGUCCCCGAAGAGGCUCUGAAGCACGAGAAGUACACCAGCCAACUGCAGAUUAGCCUGAAGGCGUCUCGGGGCGAGAAGGCGGAGCUGGAGAAGAACGCCGCCGGCAAGAGCUCCGCGCAAGAGCUUCCGGCCCCGCGGCCCACGCCGCUGUACGGGCAGCCUUCCUGGUGGGGAGAGGACGACUGCGGGAGUCGGGCGGUUGCUGGGGACCAACCUCAGAAAGAAGAGCCCGACAAAGACGCCCCUCGUCCAGAGGCGGCGAGGGACGUUCGGCCCGCGGAUCCGGACUCGCCCGAAUGCCUCUCCACUCCCCGUAGGAAGAGCAUAUCGCCGUCGUACCGGCGCGAGGCCGGCUACUUCGAGAUUCCCACCAAGGACUCGUCGCUCCCCAAAGCCGCGGAGGCGGAGCUCCAAGAGAUCCCGACCAAGGACACCGCCGGCGGCCUCGGCCCUGACGAGACUCCGCUGGCUAUCCAGAGCCACGCCUCCUUCACCAUCGAGUUUGAUGACCUCACGCCGGGAAAGAUCAAAAUCAAAGACCACGUGACCAAGUUCUCCUCCCGCCUCGGGAAGACUCCGCGUUCGGCCAAGAUGGCCCCCGCCGAGGCGUUGUCAUCGCGGAGCAAAGUGGCCGAUUGGCUGGUUGGCAGCCACGCCGGGGCCAUGAGGACGCGACCCGCCUGCGACGACGUUUACAGCACCAAGAGCGACCUCGCCGUCAACAUCAAAUCGCUGAAAGGUCAUCACCACGACGACGGAACGCAGAGCGACUCGGAGGACCCGGCGCUCCAAGGACAGAGGAGCGGAUCCCAGCUUUCCCAGACCCAGGUUCGGCCCCGGCCCGCGUCCCCGGAGCCCCCCGGUACCCGGUCCUCCGUCGCCGAGCCGUGCGAGCGCCCGAGCCAGCGGGCCUUCGUCAUCGAGUUCUUUGACGACAACCCGCGCAAGAAGCGCUCGCAGUCCUUCACUCACAACCCCGAGCCGGACCCCGGACUCAAGGCCAAGCCGGAGCGGCGCAAAGGCGGCGAGCGUCCGGCGUCCGUUCACGGCCACGCGGGCCCCGCCCAGCAGGUGACGGUGAAGCGGGAGCAGGCGGACGCCGAGACCUCUCGCUCGUCCUCGGCCAUCUUUGUUCGUCCUUUCGGCAGCGUGGGCAAGAAGUCCAAACUGGCUCAAGACUCGGCUCGGGGGUUUGCCGCGGAAUCGCAGAAGGAUUCUCGUCCGGACUCCUCGUCCGGCGGGGAGCCGAUGACGCCACCGCCCUUGUCGGCGCCGCCGGUGAUGGUGUCGGCCCCUUCGCCGGCGGAGGCUUCGGCCCCGCCCGCGACGGACGCGCCCCCAUCCGUCGGAGCCGCUCGGCCGCCGCCGUUGCCGCCCCUGCAUUUUCCCGGAGCGGACGGCAGAGGGUGCCAGAGGCCGCCGAGGAACGAGGAGGACGACAGCGUGAGCGAGGCCGGCACCUACACCAUCGACAGCGACGCCCACAACCAGGAAGUGGAAGAUGCUCGCAACAUGAUCGACCAGGUGUUCGGGGUCCUGGACUCUCCGGAGUACGCCGGGCCCAGCCCGGGAACGCCGAGGCCCGUCAUCGAUGAAAGCCGGGCUGAGCGUGAGAACGGUGCGAGCCGCGGCGUGAUUCCGCCGGACUUUGGCCUGGCCACCAGCCCCUUGCAGGCUCCGGCUCCAGGAGGCCCAAAGUGGCUUUCUCGUUGGGCCGGUCUAGCGGACGGCUGCGCUGCGCCUGGAGAAGGCUCGCCGGCGCCGGUGCGGCCGAGCGAAGGUGACGGCGACGAGGCCUGGGAGUCCGAGUCCGGCCGCAGGACCAGAAGGCUUCUGCCUCGGGUUCCCUCCGAAAAGGGCGACGGCGGCCUCCCGGGAUGCCGCGACUCUUCCCAAGAGCGGCACCGCGCCGACCCGGCUCCCCCGUCUCCCGGAGGCCGGCGGGACUCCGCCCGGCGCCAAGCGGAUCCGGACGGUCUGAGUGACGCCGGCCGCUCCGAGGACGGGCCCGUUUCAAGGCCGGCAAAGAGCCGUCAGGCACACAACGCCGUCUCCUCGUCCUCCUCCGCCAAGCGCGCCCUCUUCUACAUCGGCUCGGACCAAAACGCGGUCCGGCCUGACCCGGCCGGAUUCUCGGCGGAAACUCCCCCGACCGCCGUCCUGAUCCGCCACCUCGGCGGUCAGCAACCGCGACGGGGAGGCGUGAAAGCAAACGGCUCGGCGCCGGAGCCUCCCACGCGGAACUCGGAUGGCGUCCCGAUGAGAGACGCCCCGCCCCUCGUCCACCGGGAGAGUUUCACCAAAGUGGGGCCCGUCGAAAAUGUCCCGGUGGAGAAGCCGCCCCGCGUCGGCAGUCGGCCGUCCAUCGGAGACUCGGAAGGGAGGACGGACGCCGAGUCCUUCCUCCGGGAGGCCGGCGGCUUCCCGUCUCCUGGCUCCCGCAACGACGAUUCGCUUUCGGGAGAGUCCGACUUGGACACGGCGAGCGGCGUGAGCCAGGUGAGCGGCAAAAGGACGCCCGCGGCUUCGGCCGACGGCGAGGACGAGACCCCCUCCGCUCGGCGCGAGGGCCGCCAGCCCUCGGCUCGAGAGCGACUUUCGGAGAAACGGCGAAGCCAGCCGCCCGCGACGCCCGCCGACAAGGCGGAGGCCGCCAAGCGCCUUCAGAUGCGCCGCGGCGCCGGCGCCCGCGGCUCUUUGACGUCGGAUCACGAAGCCUCCCGAGCACCCGGCCGCGCCAAGAAGGAGGACGGCGCCAAGGCGGCGCAGGCGCAGCCUCUGACUCGCUCCAACAGCUUGUCGGCGCCGCGUCCCACUCGAGCGUCCAUGUUGCGUCGAGCACGGCUGGGAGAAGCUUCGGACAACGAAGGCGCCGACACCGACCGGGCCUCCCAAAGUUCCGACCAGGCCGCGCCGGCGCCGGAAGCCAAGAAACUGUCCAGGCUGGACAUCUUGGCGCUGCCGCGGAAGAGGACGGCUUCUUUUACGGCGGCCGGCGACGGCGAGACCUCGCCCGCCGCCGGCCGCCCGGCUUUCUCCGCUCGGAACGCCGACCCGCCCUCGGCCGCCAGGAAGUCGGCGGCGAGCGACGCCCGACCGGCCGCCGGCAGAGCGGCGGGGAAAAAUCCGCCGAGCCGCACCCGCUCCACUGGAGCCAAGCACCCCAAGAGCGGUGUCCGUCCCCGCCGCAAAAACUCUGACUUGUCUUCUUCAUCCGACGAAGACUACAAAAGCGUCGCCACCAACGCCGCCAAAGCCAAACGCUGCGCCCAGAGUCCCCGGGGCCGCCAGACGCCCGGCGCCCGCUCCCAGUCGCUUUCCCUGGAGACGGAGGAGGACCCCUACCAGAACUGGUCCACGCACAGCGCCGAGAUUGCCAAGCUCAGUCACGACUUGGCCAAAGACUUGGCCAUCCUGGCCAAGGAGAUCCACGAGGCGGCCGGCGACGGCGACUGCGCCGCCGGCCCCCCCGCCGCCGCCGCCGCGCCGGACACGUCGGCCUCGGCGGCGUUCGCCAGGCGGGAGGACGCGCGGCCGCUGAGUCCGCUGCGCCAUCUGUCGCGGGCCAUCCGGGACAACACGGAGCAGCUGGCCACCAAACUCAAUGCGCCGCCGUUUGCGUUCAGGCUGAUGUUCCGCAACAGAGAGGACGCGUGGGAGCAGAUCGACAAGCAGACCAAGGCGGACGCAGAACUUUCGCUCCCGACGACGUCCGAUCAGGAGAUCUCGUCCAUCGUGGCGGAACUCGCGAGAGUCCAAAGGCAGCUGCAAGUCAUCAACUGGGCGGUGGAUCCCGCCGGGAGUCUUCAGGCCGCCGCCCAAAGUGCCCCGACCAUCUCCGCGGAAAAGAAAGGCGCCGGCGGCGCUCAGAAAACGCGGCGUCACGUGCUGUGAAAAGCCACCGCCGCCUUCCUCGUCUUGCGCGGUCGUCGUUCACGCCAAAGUAGCGACAGGAAGCCUGCGAUCAGCAUCCUCCGUGCUUGGGCGCCCCCUUGUGGAAGUGCGCCGACUGUGUCUGUCGCCCUGGCCGUUUCUUUCAAGUUGCCCAAGCGGGACCGUACGCUUUCGUUACGCACCCCCCCCCCCCCUGUCAUUUUGUGUCGAUGUGGUCGCCGAGCCGCGCCCCCACCUGCCCACCGCUCGGCCCGCGUGAUGAAUGUUAUGACGUCAGAAUGACAUGAAAAUGUUCUUCCGUGUUAUUUCUUCGAAUGAGAAAUAAAAGACGC